UUGGUUUUAUUUCAAAGAGCCCCCACCCCCAGCGCGUAGUGAAAAAUUUGGGCGCUUAAUCUAGAUACAAAGGCAACACGCGUGACCAAUUCAGUUUUAACCUUCUUACACCUCUGUUGCGCACUUCUGCAUUUUACACUCCUGCCAUCACGGGUUUCGACCCUUUAUAUUGAGCUCGCAUAAGAUCUGUACUGGACAGGGCAAGUGAUCCGCCCACGAACCGAUUAUGGACGAAUUUGUGGUAUCAAGAAGUAGGGAAGACACCGCAUUUCUAGUGGAGAGAAGUAAUUCCGGAUCCCGAGACCAGGGACCUAGGCAACAAGGAAAGUGUGGAAAUCCAAAGCUGAGACAUGAGGAGUAUACGGUGGGGUGGCUCUGUGCUCUCAAGUGCGAGUUCAACGCAGCAAGGCUCUUACUAGAGGAAAUACAUAAGACGCUUGCCCAGGUUAGGCGGGAUGACAACAUCUACCUCCUCGGUCGCAUGAAAGGACACAAUGUUGUGAUCGCACAGGUGGGGAGGGGUACCAAUGCUGCAGCGCAUGCGGCCACGAAUCUUCUUCGCACUUUCCCCAACAUUCGAUUCGGGCUCAUGGUUGGGAUCGGUGGGGGAGCUCCCUCAGCGCCAAACACCAGAGAUCCACAGAAGGACAUUCGGCUCGGGGAUGUUAUUGUCAGUAGGGCGAAGGGAAGUCACGGUGGUGUCAUCCAAUACGACGAGGGAAGAUUGACGCACAAUGGCGAAUUUGUUAUUGAAUCCCAUUUGAACAAGCCACCAAGCAUUCUCGCCCACGCAGUUGAACGAUUGAGAUCCGACCAAGACGUUGGAGAAGGGGAAAUGAUCGAAUACAUUAAUUAUAUAGAGAACCAAUCCACCCAGCGCUCUACCCUACGUGACUAUCGAUUUCCAGGGCGAGAUCAAGAUUUACUCUUCAAACCCAAUUACCCGCAUGCUGGUGGAGGAGAUUGUUCGGCAUGCGACGUGGGAGAGUUGCAUGCUCGACUAGAUCGUGAGUCGAACGAUCCUGUGGUACAUUACAGACUAAUCGGCUCGAGCAAUACCCUCAUGAAGUCCGCACAAUGCCGGGAUACAUUGCGAUCCAACUGGAAGGUUAUUUGCUUCGAGAUGGAGGCAGCAGGCCUAAUGGAUGACUUUCCCUGUAUUGUCAUCCGAGGUAUAAGCGACUAUUCAGAUGAUCACAAACACGACGGCUGGCAGUCCUACGCUGCUGCUGUAGCGGCUGCGUAUGCAAAGGAUCUUCUUAGGGUUAUCGAGCCCGAGCAAGUGGAUGAAAUGGAAUUGGUGGUAGAGGUGACCAGGCGAUAUCCUGACGAUGAAUAG